AUGCAUUCCUUUUACUUCAAUGGUGAGUUACCUACUAUUAAUAAUGUACUUACGGCUGUAAAUGAUGAUGAUAAUCUUCCAAAUAUGUCCCGAAGCUCUUUAUAUCGCGUUUUGAGAGAAUUAAAAUUUGUGAAAUUCAAAAGACAAGCACAUAAAAUUUUCACGGAAAAAGGAGGUUUGAUUUUCUGGCGAAGGAAAUACCACGAACUUAUACGAAAAUAUCGUCGUGAAAAUCGUACAAUAUAUUAUUUAGACGAAACCUGGCUUAACGUGGAUGAUGUGUGCUCUCCACCUACAGUUUCGGCUAAUGAAUCCAUUGAAAUUGUCUUGCACAUUAGCAGUGAAGCAGGUUUUGUUCCAGGCGGGCUACUGUUCUUUAAAUUAACGGAUAAUUCAUAUGAUAAACGUAAUCGUAAUGUGAUGAACGGUGAAACAUUUAGGUUCGAAAAAAUAUUACCACUACUGAGUGAUAAUUGCGUGAUUGUGAUGGAUAAUGCUCGAUAUCAUUCAGUCAAAGAAGAGAAACUGGCAAAAGCGUCAUGGAUAAAAGAUGAAAUUAGGAAUUGGUUAUCGCAAAAAGGAUUGGCUUACGAGGAUUCGAUGCUUAAAGUGGAGCUUAUUCAAAUUGUGAAAAUGGUAAAACACUACUACGAUAAAUUUGUUAUUGACGAAAUUGCUAAACAAUCUGAUAAAAUUAUUCUCCGUCUACCGCCUUAUCACUGCGAUCUAAAUCCCAUCGAAAUGGCAUGGUCUUUGAUAAAAGAAUGUGUUAAAACACACAGUACAACUUCCAAACUUCCUGAUGUUGAAAAAUUAUUACACGAAGGAAUAGAUCAUGCAACUCCAGAACACUGGAAGAACUUUGUGAGGCACGUAGUAGAAGAAGAAAACAAGAGUUAG